AGAGAGCUCGACACAAAUACAGGGGGACUCGUCUUCUUCCCCGAGCUUUGCGAGCAGAGUCGUUCAGCCAUGGCGCGGCAGGAGCAGCAGCAGCACCUGCAGGUGCUGAGCGCGCUGGACGCGGCGAAGACGCAGUGGUACCACUUCACGGCGAUCGUCGUCGCCGGCAUGGGCUUCUUCACCGACGCCUACGACCUCUUCUGCAUCUCCCUCGUCACCAAGCUGCUCGGCCGCAUCUACUACACCGACCUCGCCAAGGAGAACCCCGGCAGCCUGCCGCCCAACGUCGCCGCGGCGGUGAACGGAGUCGCGUUCUGCGGCACGCUGGCGGGGCAGCUCUUCUUCGGGUGGCUCGGCGACAAGCUCGGCCGGAAGAGCGUGUACGGGAUGACGCUGCUGAUGAUGGUCAUCUGCUCCAUCGCGUCGGGGCUCUCGUUCUCGCACACGCCCACCAGCGUCAUGGCGACGCUCUGCUUCUUCCGGUUCUGGCUCGGAUUCGGCAUCGGCGGCGACUACCCGCUGUCGGCGACGAUCAUGUCGGAGUACGCCAACAAGAAGACCCGCGGCGCGUUCAUCGCCGCCGUGUUCGCGAUGCAGGGGUUCGGCAUCCUCGCCGGCGGCAUCGUCACCCUCAUCAUCUCCUCCGCGUUCCGCGCCGGGUUCCCGGCGCCGGCGUACCAGGACGACCGCGCGGGCUCCACCGUCCGCCAGGCCGACUACGUGUGGCGGAUCAUCCUCAUGCUCGGCGCCAUGCCGGCGCUGCUCACCUACUACUGGCGGAUGAAGAUGCCGGAGACGGCGCGCUACACCGCCCUCGUCGCCAAGAACGCCAAGCAGGCCGCCGCCGACAUGUCCAAGGUGCUCCAGGUCGAGAUCCAGGAGGAGCAGGACAAGCUGGAGCAGAUGGUGACCCGGAACAGCAGCAGCUUCGGCCUCUUCUCCCGCCAGUUCGCGCGCCGCCACGGCCUCCACCUCGUCGGCACCGCCACGACAUGGUUCCUCCUCGACAUCGCCUUCUACAGCCAGAACCUGUUCCAGAAGGACAUCUUCACCAGCAUCAACUGGAUCCCCAAGGCCAAGACCAUGUCGGCGCUGGAGGAGGUGUUCCGCAUCGCGCGCGCCCAGACGCUCAUCGCCCUGUGCGGCACCGUCCCGGGCUACUGGUUCACCGUCUUCCUCAUCGACAUCGUCGGCCGCUUCGCCAUCCAGCUGCUAGGGUUUUUCAUGAUGACCGUGUUCAUGCUCGGCCUCGCCGUGCCGUACCACCACUGGACGACGAAGGGGAACCACAUCGGCUUCGUCGUCAUGUACGCCUUCACCUUCUUCUUCGCCAACUUCGGCCCCAACUCCACCACCUUCAUCGUGCCGGCGGAGAUCUUCCCGGCGAGGCUGCGUUCCACCUGCCACGGCAUCUCGGCGGCGGCGGGGAAGGCCGGCGCCAUCAUCGGAUCGUUCGGGUUCCUGUACGCGGCGCAGGACCCGCACAAGCCCGACGCCGGGUACAAACCCGGGAUCGGGGUGAGGAACUCGCUGUUCGUGCUCGCCGGAUGCAACCUGCUCGGGUUCAUCUGCACGUUCCUCGUGCCGGAGUCGAAGGGGAAGUCGCUGGAGGAGAUGUCCGGCGAGGCGGAGGACGACGACGACGAGGUGGCCGCCGCCGGCGGUGGCGCCGCCGUGCGGCCGCAGACGGCGUAGUGUAUGACUGCACGUGAAUAUAGUGUUGAUGUGAUGGAAAAGGACUGAAGUUUGGAUCUAAACACAGCCUAUGAAGUCUAAAGUUAUUGGUUCAAAUUUUGCUGAAAGUUCUGUUUUUCUUCACAAAAAGUAGCUUUAAAGUUGGAAAUGGACUAACUGUGGAGAAUAUAUGUGAACCAGAUAUGAAAAAUUGACUUGCACUA